AUGGCAACUCAAUCUAACCGUCUCACAAACUACGCAGCUUUCCACCGUCAAGAUGGCUCUUCUCCGCAGAUCGGACACCUCGACCCAGCACAGCAGACCAUCCAACCGUUGACCUUUCUCUCCGGCACACCAGUGGAAAAUCUUUACCAAGUGAUCGAGGCAGGGUCCGAAAACAUAAUCGCUGCCGCGAUUCCUGCGAUUCCUCUGAAGGAUGUGAAACUGCUCCCUCCCAUCUCAGGACGGGACGUUCUGGCCGUCGGCAAGAACUACAUGGAGCACGCCAAGGAGUUUAACAGUUCAGGCUACGACAGCUCCGAUAAGGUCGACAAGCCCAGCCACCCAGUCAUUUUCACCAAACGUGCGACUUCCAUCAUGGCCGAUGGAGAGAACAUCCUUCUUCACAAGGGCUUCACGGAGAGUGCUGAUUAUGAAGGCGAGAUCGGUGUGAUCGUUGGGAAGGCCGGUUUCCGGGUCAGGGAGGAGGAUGCCUGGGAUUAUGUCUGGGGAUACACCAUCAUCAACGACCUGACAGCGAGAGAAAGGCAGCGAGACCACAAGCAGUUUUACAUCGGCAAGUCUCCCGACACCUUCUGCCCAAUGGGACCGGUUGCCGUGCCCAAAGAAAACCUGCCGAAGACCCUCCGCAUCCAGACCCACGUCAACGGAGAGCUGCGCCAAGAUGCAACAACAGAGGAUCUCAUUUUCUCGAUUCCUCAUCUCAUCAGCACGCUCUCGGCCGGCACGACCUUGCAGCCUGGUGAUGUGCUCGCGACCGGAACGGCAAGUUCGACUCCCGCUGGAGUCGGCAUCGGACGCAACCCUCCCGUCUUCCUGAAGAUGGGCGACGAGAUUGCCAUUUCUAUCGACGGAAUCGGGACUUUGACAAACAAAGUCGCCGAAGACUCAGCCGCCAACACGACCAUCGAACGAGUCACGUCCCAGUCCGCUUUCCAACUAACAAACGCGACAAGGACCAUCCAUGGUACAGCUGGCUUGACUAAAGUCAACUCCAAACUGCUCAACUACCGGCGCAUCGGCACUGGUAAAGAGAACAUCAUCUUCGUCCACGGACUCGGCGCAACGAAGGAGUUCUGGACUCCCUUGGUCACCGAACUUGGUCUCGAAGACUCUGCCACUUUCCAUCUCUUCGAUUUUGAGGGCCACGGGCUCAGUCCGACACACCCUCUGAGCAAGAUCUCCAUCGAGUCUCUCGCCGAAGAUUUGAUUGGAAUCUUCACAGGCGCUGGCGUUUCUGCUCAGAAUCCCGCCAUACUCAUCAGCCACUCGAUGGGGUCUAUCAUCUCCACCAAGUUUGCUCUCGAUCAUCCUUCCCUGAUCAAGAAGUUGGUCCUUAUCGGCCCGCCGCCCUCUCCGCUCCCGAGCACGGCUGCCGCCCACCUUCUCGACACUGCGGGUUUAGCGAGAAGUCAGGGCAUGACCUCCGUCGUUGAGCAGAACGUUGCACUCAUCUCACAAUCCUCGAAGGCGAAAACUCCUCUUGCCGCAACUGCCGUCAGAAUGAGUCUCUUGAGCCAGGAUCCUGAGGGCUAUGCGAAGGCGGCCUCGGCCCUCGCUCAAUUCACGGAGCCUUUGCCUCUGGAGAAGCUGGGCGUUGAGACGCACAUCAUUUCCGGACAAGCUCCCUCUUCUGGCGACGAGUAUGUCAGAAGGAUCAGAAACUCGACGCAAACUGUACUCUCUCAUGUUGGACAUUGGCACUUGUUCGAAGAUCCAGUCGAAGUUGCAGCUAGCAUCAAAAGUUUCUUGUAG